AUGAGUGGAAUUGUUCAUUGUGUCAAAGAUGACGAGCUUUCAGCUUCUUGCCUUGGACGUAUUGUGAAGGUGCCUGCAGGGCCCCUAGUUCGAGUUGAAGGCACAGAGGUGGUAAUUCCGUGCAACGUUAGUCAAUAUGAUGGACCCAGUGAACAGAACUUUGACUGGGAGUUCUCUACGGACCCUGCUAAAGACCCUAAAUUUGUACAUAUAGUGAGUAGUUGGGACCCUUGGUUUACAUCUCUGGAGUAUGAAGAUCGAGUUAAUAGUAAGGAGAUUAUGUUGAGGCGAAACAGCAAUGAGGCUGUCGAACUUGUGAUUGGGAAUAUCCGCUCUGCUGAUGAAGGGAUGUACAGAUGUACUACGCCUAGCACAGAUGCCGUCUUCCAGGGAAAUUACAAUGCUGUAAUCGAAGUCAAAGUGAUUGCAGAUGGCUUAACAGUUAGUGGAUCGAAAGCCCGCUCUACAUCUACUUGGAACUUAUCAGAAGGAGAAGCGUUUCAGUUGCGUUGCUCAGCUUCUACUAAUUCAUCAGAACACACCCAUUUACAUGUGUCUUGGGAAUUUAAGAAUGGCCUUGCCUGGCAAGAAAUCCUGUCCCUGACGCAUGAGGGCAAGUUCCAGCCUGGCCCGGAAUAUAACGAGCGGUUUAUCAGUGGAGAUGUCCGCUUAGAUGCCAUGGCCAAUGACAUUUACCGCUUGUCUGUGUCACAGGCUCUUCCAACAGAUGAAGGUGCCUAUAGAUGUCGAGUGAGUGAGUGGGUUAAAGGUGCUGAUGGUACAUGGCAAAAAAUCCAAGAGAAAACUGCUGAUGUAGCAAAUGUGGUGGUGCAGCCAACAGCGUUAGGCGUGUUCAUUACAGGAAGCAAUGUGACUGUAAGAGAAAGGGAUUCCCUUGACCUUACCUGCAACAUCACAACAGACAGAAGUGGUAUUUUCCAAGCUGAAAUAACAUGGUACUUCAGUGAGUCACCUGAUAGCACCAUGGCAGAUGCUCAGGUUUUGCUGAGUGCAGAUCGUGACUCUGUAAUCAGUGACUCUACACUCAUCAGCCUUAGCCAUGUGGAUCGAACUUCAUACCACCUAUUGGUACGUGAUGUGGGCAUUGAAGACUCAGGCUACUACUUCUGCCAAGCAGCCCUUUGGGUGCCACAGCACAAUGGUAGCUGGUACAAGGUAGCAGAGAGGACAUCUAUACCGGUUAUUGUGGAGGUAUCAGCACCUGAGCCAAAUUACCAUGUGUUUCUGAAUGCUUCCAAAACACCUAAAUUUUCAGAGGACCCCACUGAACUGGAGUGUAGGAUCACAGAGGCAAAGAAUACUGAAGCAAACAUACGUUUCACUGUGUCCUGGUACUACAGAUUACCUUUGCGCAGUGAUGAAGUGGCAAAAGAUGAACUUCUUGCCACUAUGGAUGCAGACUGGACACUGGUAGUUGGUGACAGAAGCAAACAGCGGGCCCAGAAUGGGGACAUUAUUUUUUCUAAGCCAGCUGUGGACACUUUCCGCUUACGAAUCCAGUGGACUUCUGAAGUAGAUAAAGGAGAUUAUUAUUGUGUAAUUUCUUCAUGGAGCAGGCAGCGCAACAACAGCUGGAUAAAGAUCAAGGAUGUGGCUUCCAUGCCUGUAAGCAUUUUAUGGUCUACACAAGAUUAUGCAUUGACCGUAGAGGCUGUGAAGCUGAAGCCAUUCUUCAUGGCAGGGCACACUUUUGAAAUGACAUGCAAGGUGUCUUCCCAGAACAUCAAGACUCCUCGGUACUCAGUCCUCAUUACAGCUGAGAAACCUCUGAAUGACUCAGUCCAGUCCAGUCCCCAUGGAACCACUCGCAUAAUUUCUCUCAAUCAAGAUUCAGUGGUCAGACGGGAAGAUUGGACAGACCAGGACCGUGUGGAUGGUGUGGUCUUGGAAAAGGUCCAGGAAAAUGAGUUCCGCUACAGGAUGUACCAGACGCAGGUUUCUGAUGCUGGACUAUAUCGCUGUAUGGUAACUGCGUGGUCACCAGGGGGUGGAGGCUUGUGGCGAGAGGCAGUCAAUGGCUUAUCCAAUCCUAUCCAGAUAGACUUCCAGACCUCAGGUCCUGUUUUUAAUGUCUCCGUGCAUUCGGACAAUCCAACUGUCUAUCGAGAUGAGCUGGUGAAUUUGAUAUGCAUCAUCACUGUUGAAGGGACAGUGCUUGACCCAGAUGACAUGUCAUUUGAUGUCUCCUGGUUUGCUACACGUUCUGUUGCAAUGGAUAGAGACCCUGUUUUCUUAGCUUCAUUGGAUCGGAAAGGUAUAGUGACCCAAGCUAGAAGAAACGGGAGCAGUGAUGUCAGCUUGGAGAGAAUCACUCCUUUGGAAUUCCGGCUUCGAAUUCAUGGCUGUGAAGACCAAGACUUUGGAAACCACUACUGCUUGGUAACACCCUGGGUGCAGUCAGCUGCAUCCGUCUGGCAACGACAAAUGGAGAUAAAAUCCAAGCCAAUCCUUGUAACAGUGAAAAUGGAUGUGCUGAAUGCUUUCAAAUUUCCACUGCUGAUUGGCAUUGGCCUAGCCACAAUCAUUGGACUCCUAUCCUGUCUGAUAGGUUACUGCACUUCACGCUGGUGUUGCAAGAAAGAAGUUCAGGAAACAAGGCGAGAGCGGCGGCGACUUAUGUCUAUGGAAAUGGACUAGUCAAAAUGAGAGGUGGAUAAAUAUGUAGUUUUUUUAAAGAAAGGAGGGUUUUUUGGAAGGUCUGAGUUGCUCAGACUCGGCUGUUUGAACCAAAAUGCCCUGACAGCAAUCAAUCUGAUCUUGUCCUGGACAUAGAGCUGCAUCUUUUUCUACUAGUAUUUCACACUGAGAACACAUGUCAUAUUUGUCAGCAUUUAGCCCUUCUUUCAAUGGCAUUUCUUCUAGAGAUGGUUCUUCCACAGGCAAACUGUACUCACUGUCAAGACUUGGGCCUAAAAUACAUUCUUCCUUAUUGUUUAAGAGGAAAAUGGAUUUAGAAAGGCUCUGUGAAAAUAAAUCUUCCUUAUAAUUAGCAAGCCUCUAGAUAACAUCUCUAGAGAAGAAAGAAAGUGUUCCACAUUCUAGAUUUGGAGAAAUUUCCUUUUUAUUGGUGAUAUUGGAGUUCAUUUUAAGCUGAAAGUUGGGUUGUAAUGUUGGAAUCCUUUAUUUUUAAAAAGACACUGAUUUAGUGACUCCAAAAACUGGUUUUUGAGUAACUGGGCAGCAAUAUAAACCCCUUGUCAAUCCCCACCUGUUCCACUGUGUUUUGUAUAGUACCCUCUAUUGUUAUGUUGGUAAGAGUAUUUUUUUAGUAUUUCUUCACUGCUUGGUGUUCAUCAUCCCAACAGAAAGUGCCACUAAAUUUCCCAUCCUGCUCAGAGUGCUUGUGGGGUUGUUUUUAAUGAACACUUCACUUCUAGCAACUGGAUGGAGACUGCUGGAUGUUCUGAUGAAGAUCACAGAGCCAUUUAACCCAGUAAGCAGAAGGUCUGCCUUUGGGAUAGAAAUUUUUCUUAUCCCACCACUUCUCAGUUGGUUGAUUGCAGCUAGUAAUGUGUUGUGAAACAUGAGGGAAUAAGAUCCUCCAUGGUGGAGACCUGCAUUGAUCAGUAAGCACAUGGUAAGAUCCAUAGCAUAAUGUCAGGGAACUUGCAUGUUUUUCUCAUCAGCUAGACUAGUGGUUCCCAGCCUUAGGUAACCCAGCUAUUCUUGGAUUGCAACUCCCAGGAAAUCCAGCCAGCA